AUGGCUCCUUCUCGUUCCAAAGCUAAAUUUGUAGAGACAGCACUCCUCUCAAUUAAUGGACCUCUUUCUCUCAACUACCAGUACCCCAACCUCAAAUUUGUGAUAAGAGACCACCUCAUCUCUCUUUUCCAAAACUUCCCCACCUUCAGUCCCGACACUGAACAAUUCACCCAUGAUGAUGGCCACACCUCCUUCCUCCUAAAUGCAAAGGGAACCCUCCCCAUAACCUCAUCCUUGAGAAAUCUCUCCUUCUCCAUAACCAUAUGGAUCUUAGAGACCUACCCACUCUUCUCUCCUCUUGUUUAUCUCUCCUUGGACCCUGGCGUUAUCAUAAGGUCCCAUCACCCCCUUGUCGACCCCUCGGGCUUCGUGUCGACAUAUUACUUGCUCAAUUGGGCCUAUCCAAGCUCUAAUCUCCUCGAGCUCGUACGCAACCUUAGGCACGUGCUCAACAUCGAUCCUCCAAUCGAUGCUGGCUUGACCCAGUUACAGAGGCCUUGUUUGAGUCUCAAGGGAACCUUGGCCUCUGAGCAAGAAGCCAUAGAUAGGCUAUCAAUUGCACUUCACCAUGACACUAAGGAGUUAGGAAGGCACUUAGAAUCCGAGAUAGAUGGGCUAAUGGCUCGACAGGAGGUGCUUAGGGAGAGGAAGUUCGAGCUUGAGAAAGGCUUGAAAGGGCUUGAGGAAGAGAGGAAUGGGUUAGAGGAGAGGUUGAGCAAAGUGUUGAGUGAGGUUCAAGAAUUGGAGAAGUGGGUGAUGGAGCAUAGUGAGAAGAUGGAUGAGUUGGUGGGUGGAGAUGAUUUUGAUUAUGGAUUUGCGGUGGUGGAUGGGGUCUCCAAGUGCCUUUUGGAGCAUCGAGCUGCUGAUUCUGCCAUUGAGGAUCUUCUCUAUGACUUCGACAGGGGAUUUCAAGAAGGGGCCGUACCUUUAGCCAUUUAUCUUAAGAAUGUGAGGGCCCUUUCUAAGGAGCAAUUCUUUCACCGUGACAUGCAAGUCAAAGUCGUGGGUUUAAAAUCAUCAAAACUCAUGUAA